CGCACGACUUGAUGACGUAGAACGCAUGCGCCCAGAUCGAAAGUCAGGAACCAACUUCGCAAACAGAAAGGGUUCUUGAGCCUUGCCCUGGCAAUGGGGGACAUGAAGACCCCAGAUUUCGAUGAUUUGCUGGCAGCUUUUGAUAUUCCCGACAUUAAUGCACAGGAAGCUAUCCAGUCCAAUCCAGAGGAGCAGCGGGAGGAGGCGAGGGCUAAUGCUCCUCCAAGUGAGCCUCCUGUGGUCAGUGUGAUUGUAAAGAACACGGGGAGGUCGGAGUCUGUGGAAGAGAAACCUGACAAGGAGAAAACGGAUGAUCCUUCAGACGGCGUCUUGACCUCUCAGGUUCCUGUCAAGCUGGACCCUACAUCUCACCAUGGUGCGACACAGCAGCUUGGUCCUAAAACGCCUCCAAGUUUGUCCGUGGAUUCUGAGAUGAUGAGCCGAUUUGAAGACCAAAUGGGUUGCAAUCGAACAUCAUGCCUCCCGCGGCUGUGGGCCUCAUCGCCAUCCAAUUCCCCUUGUGAGCAAGAGGAAGACCCUGUGAAUCGGUCCCAACAGCAAACCUCCGCAGCCGCCGACAGUUUGAGGCCCCUUCUCUACUCACAGUCUUCAAAGCAUGUUGACGUGUUGCUGCCUCCACCCCUGCUUCAGAGCCAUGCACGGCGUCCUCAGGAAAGUCAGCCAUCCUCCACUUUAGCGCAAAAUGGAAACAUGAAUGCAGAAGUCAGGCGUGUUAUGGAUACGGAUGAGGAGGAUUCAGAGCCAGACAUUGGAAGUCCACUGGUGAUCCAGGAGGGUCCAGAAUUUGUCACUUCUCCCCCUGUAAAUAACAAACAAAAACUACAUCCUGAUCUUUUUGGGAAUCCUGGGAAUACAUCGUCUCUUGUUCCUAAUCCUCCUAAUCUGUCUUUUAGCUCUACACCAACACAAAGUAAAUCCCAGAGUGGUGAAGAUGGAAGAAGUUCUCCCAUUUUCACCCAGCAUGGGAAAGAUGGGACACCCACCUCCCCAAAUUCUUCCACAUCAGAUCCACAUGCACAGAAGGCCCAUCAUUCCCCUUCUCCUACCAGCACAAACUCAACAGUGGUCCAGGAAAAUUUAUACCCAGAACAUGUGAUUGAUGAGAGAGACUCACCUGAGAGCCCCCCACCCAGUGAGACAGGCUGUCUGUUCACCAACCAAAGCAGCAGCUGGGAUGUGGCUGCACCGCCAGGAUCAACCUCAAGUUACAAGGACUCUCCUCACCAGCAGGAGCUCAAGGAAGUAGAGUCCAGUCAGGAGGAAAAACCAGGGAGAACAAGCAAAAAAAUGGCUGGAGAUGGAGAAGAACCAAAUAAGGAGAACUGCAGUGCCGACACGAAGGAUACCGCAUCCUCCUGUGAAACAGAGAUGGCCUCAUUUCCUCUGCGACCGCUCAAAGUGAAAAUCAAAAUGCCCACUGGCAGCAUUACAAGGACUGUGACAAGUGGAGCGUCUAAAAGAAGUGUGAAAGUAUCUACAAAAGGUGUGGACAAUUCCAAAAGUUCACAAGAUGGUCUUGGUGCUAGAUCCAAAAAAGAGUUAGUGCUGCAGUCAGAGAUGGCAGAAAAGCUGCAAGAAACGAGUUUAAUCAAAGAGGAAUCCUCUGUGGAGACAAAAACCAAAGUUUCCGCGACGGCAGUGAGCAUCACAAAAUCUGCAGCGCUUCCCUCCGUCUCUUCUGCCAGAGUCAGCACGGGCGCCUUUAACCUCCGCAGCCUGGGUCAGAAAACUCUAAACACCGGAAUGACCCUGACCUCUACCCUACCUGUGCUUCCCACACAACCCAGCGGCAGACCGGCGUCGAUUGUGAACAGCACAGGGGCCAUCAUCUCCAAGAACCAGUCCAACCUGGUCGAAGCUUUCAACAAAAUCCUCAACAACAAGAACCUGCUUCCCACAUAUAAACCAGAACUGAGCUCCCCUCUGCCAGCAGAGUGGGGCAUUAGUCUUCCUGCACAGGGUUAUCGCUGCCUGGAGUGUGGGGACGCCUUUGCCCUGGAGCAGAGCUUGGCGCAGCACUAUGACCGCCGCUCGCUCCGAAUCGAAGUGACCUGCAAUCACUGCGCCAAACGUCUGGCCUUCUUCAACAAGUGUAGCCUGCUCUUACACGCGAGGGAGCACAAGGAGAAAGGCCUGAUCAUGCAGUGUUCACACCUGGUCAUGAAGCCCGUGCCUGUGGACCUGAUGAUCAGCCAAUCAGAUGGAGCGAGAGAAGGGUCAUUGCCGUCAGUGUUGGGGCAGGCCACUUCAAAGCUUUUGCCGUCGGCCGGCAAAGGAGCAGAGGCGGCACCAAACGCUAGCACUAAAUGUCCAGAGUGUCACACUCAGUUUUGCAGUAAAGAGGAGCUGUCCGACCAUUUUCAGGAGGUUAAACCAGCUCACAGUACUUCGUGUACAGAGUGCUCCCCCACCAUGCUCCUUCCCAACUACUGCAGCUCAGUCGCACAUCAGCGCAUCCACCAAGGGAGCCAGCCACACGUCUGCCCAGAGUGCGGCCUCACGCUCAAACAGCCGCUCUUUCAGAAACAUCUGUACGAGACCUGCCUGCACUUCUCUCGCCGUGUUGGCUACAGAUGUUCCAGCUGCCUGGUGGUGUUUGGAGGACUGAACUCUGUGAAGUCUCACAUCCAGCAGGCUCACUGUGACGUGUUCCACAAGUGCCCCAGCUGCCCCAUGGCUUUCAAAUCUGCCCCCAGCGUACAGAGCCACAUUACUGCCCAGCAUCCAGAUGCCACCGAGGGACAGACUUUGCUGAUUUAUAAAUGUGUCAUGUGUGACACGGUUUUUACUUAUAAGCAUGUGUUGCACACCCACUUUGACACCCAUUUAACCAACCAGAGGGUGCAGGUGUUUAAAUGUCCCGAGUGCAACAAGCUGUUCUCUCAGAGACAUUCAAUGCUGGACCAUUUCAAGACUCACAAGACCCUUACUGUUAAAGAAGAGUUGCUUUCCCCUGCUUCCACAUGUAUACCUGUGAGUUUCAAGAGCUCGGAGGGAGGAGGAGAUCUGGAAAAGGGGAAGAAAAGGAAAGCUAAAACUGAAAGGAUCAAGGCUCCUGCGGGGUGGAAGUGUCAGUCUUGCAACUUGCAGUUCACAGAGAAGGAGGACUACGUAAACCACAUGAGCCAACAGCACGGCAAGACGCUGAAGAAGUUUCCCUGCAACAAAUGUGAGAGCUCCUUCACCACCACCUCCAGCAUGAGGCGCCACAUCAGAGAUAAACACAAAAUCCUGAGCCGUGGCUUCCGCUGUCAGUUUUGCUUGGAGAGUAAGAAAACUUUCAGCAGCAGAGCCAUGUUGGAGAGACACAUAGAGCUGAGGCACGGCGUGGACCGCCUGAACCAGGAUGCAGGGACGAGAGGAUAUGAAGCCGACAGCUCAUCGGAGCAGGACAGCGUGAGGUCUCGCCGGAAGCGCAGAGAGGUCAAGUUGGAGCGCAGUGAAGAGCCCACGUGCAGGAUGAGUCCGGCGAAGAAGCUGCGCUCCUCCUCCUCCUCCUUUCCCUGCGCCCCUUCCGAGGCUGUGCUCAGCUGUGCUCACUGUGGCUACUCCACAGACAACCAGGCGGCGUUUCAGGAGCACAUCAGCCAGCACAGACAGAGCGCCGCGGAGAGCGCCGGUGUGCAGUGUCUGCAGUGCGGCGCCUGCUUCACUUCCUCAUCCUCCCUGUCCCGCCACCGCUUCAUCUCACACAAGGUCAAGGAUGCAUCCGGUGACGGUCCACAAAGCCUCGGUGGGAACCUGGCACCCUCCCCCAGCAACACCAAGAAUCCCAGCGACAAGAGUCACCUGAAUGGCUCUGCGCCAGCGUCCCCCUCAAGCCAAACCUCCACAGGUCAGGGAAAGGAAGAGGAGGGAGGCCUGGCCUGUAAGGUGUGCGGCAAACACUUUGAAAAGACAUCCGAUCUAAACACACAUUUCAGAACUCAUGGCAUGGCCUUCAUUAUUGCUAGAAAUGCAGGAAAAACGAUCUGAAUGUAAAGUUGAGUUUCCAAGAAAGUGCUUUUUUUCUGUUAUUAUGUAAAGGGGGGGUCAUUUAUCUGUGCACUCACUGUUAACCAAAGAGCUUCUCAGUGCUAGCACUGUGAAAGAAACAAGCACUAGUUUUAGAAAUUCCAAACUCAGGAUCUGCUGCACUUCUGUCCCAGUCACGAUAUCAGGGACAUCCUGGAGGCUCAAUUAGACAUUUGCAUAAAUAAAUGAUCAUGAAAGGCUGUUUAAACAUUUCAGAAUGGAAAAAAAAUCUGAUUCAGAAAUUAGUUUUUCUUCUACAGACAUUUUGUUAGAUAUAUUUUUGUGAGAUUUGUUUUGUAUGCUUUUAGUGCAUCUGUACAUUUUCAUUUUAUACUUUGCCUUUGUGGAGGUAAAAAUAUCUUUAUGGGUUUACAUAUUACUGUAGAAACAUCCAUCUUUGCAAAUUUUAAGUCAGUAAUUGUACUGAAAUGGUUAACAAUAAUUGAACAUAUUUGUAGAAUUUGGUUAAACAGACAUACAUGCAAAUAUAUAUCUAUAUCUCUAUAUAUCUAUAGAUAUGGUAUAUAAUUCUCCUCAAAUAUGUAAUAAAAUCAUUUUUCUAUGUGAGUAAAUAUUUAUCUAAAGCUAUCAGAAUCCUGUAAAAACAAAUUGUUCUUUUUAUAAAAUAAUUAUUGUUUUUUUCUUUUCUCAGAACCUGAACUUGUUUAAUUUGUUUUUUAGUGUCUGAGACUUUUAAGAGAAUAAAAAAUCCUUGACCCACA